AUGCUGCGGCGCCGCCCCGCCAGUACCCCGACAGCUGUGGCGCAGGAUGCAGCCGCAACGGCAAUCGGCAGCGACGAGGACUUCAAGGGCUUUGAGAAGUAUGUGCUGGACCUUCAGGAGCGCAUCCUAACCGAGGCAGAGCAGCUGGACGGCAGCGGCAGGAAGUUUUUGCGCGACAGGUGGUCUCGCGGCAGUGACAAUGCUGGCUAUGGCAUCACCUGCGUGCUGGAGGGGGGCGACCUGCUGGAGAAGGCGGCAGCCAACAUAAGCAUCAUCCACGGGCAGCUGUCCCCACAGCGCGCGCAGGCCAUGAGCUCCCGCGGCCGCGCCGACAUCGACCCCAAGGGCGGCCAGCCGUACAGCGCCGCGGCCAUGUCCCUCGUGUUCCACGCAGCGCACCCCCUGGUCCCGACACUGCGGGCAGACGUGCGCCUCUUCCAGGUUGCCGGCAACGCCUGGUUUGGCGGCGGCUGCGACUUGACGCCAAGCUACCUGUUUGAGGAGGAUGCAGCAGAGUUCCACGCCCACUGGAAGGCCGUGUGUGACAAGUAUGCGCCCCACGUGUACCCCGACUUCAAGGCCUGGUGUGACAAGUACUUUUACAUCCCAUGCCGCAAGGAGCACCGCGGCAUCGGGGGCCUGUUUUUCGACGACAUCGCCACAGGGGAGGCCGGCUAUGAUGCAGAGGCGUUUGUGAGGGAUGUGGGGGACAACAUUCUUCCCAGCUGGCGCGCCAUCGCGGAGCGGCGGCGACGCCUGCCCUACACUGACAGCCAGCGGCAAUGGCAGCUCACCAGGCGCGGGCGCUACCUGGAGUUCAACCUGCUCUACGAUCGCGGCGUCAAGUUCGGGCUGGACGGCGGCCGCGUGGAGAGCAUCAUGGUGUCCGCGCCGCCGCUGAUCGCAUGGAAGUACGACGUACGGCCGGACGAGGGGUCUGACGAGGCGCGGCUGCUGGACGUGCUGCGGCAGCCGCGGGAAUGGGCGUGA